UCACCGCGACAAGGAGGAAAUGUUGCUACAUAGCCAUUUGGGUGCACGUGACUAGGAGAUGAAUAAAAAUUCAUUCAUUCAUUCAUUCACACGUGUUUACUUUGAUUCCUACUUACUAGCUUGCAUAGUUGCGGCUUUCAUGUAGCCAUCGAGGUCCUUAGCCAGUACCCUGAGCUUAUGUGAGCGUAGAUGGCCAAAGAAAAAUCAAUUCAUUCAUUUACACGCCCCCUGUCUCGUUUUCACCAGAUGGAAAAUACCAAGACCGUCGUAGAGUCAUGGUGUCUCCGAGCUGAUGAUCUACUAGGCGAGGGAAGCUUCGGACGGGUGUACAAGGCCACUCGAUUAGUCACCGGUCAGAUCAUGGCUAUCAAGAAAUCCCGAGCAUCUCUUGCACUCAAAACCACCAUCUUGGAUCAUGAGCGACGGGUUCUGCAGCGUCUGCAGGGGCACCCUUCCAUUCCAAAAGUCUUCGCCUAUGGACGAUUAGAGCAUUUCGAGUAUCUUGCUAUGCAGCUCCUCGGGAUGAACCUUGGUGAAGUGCGAGCACGCCGUCCUCUACAGGCAGUAAACACCUUAAUGGUCGCUGAUCAGAUGAUCUCGGCUCUCGAACACAUACACAAGAACAAACUUGUCCACUGCGACAUCAAACCCGGGAACAUCAUCCUCCACCCCACCGAUCCCAAGUGCUUGUAUCUGGUCGACUUUGGGCUCACCCGGGCUAUUGCACAUGAGGCCCAACCCAACCUCUCUACGGAUGAACCCCUAACAUCGCAUGCCAUUGUUGGCCCGGUAUUAUAUGCUUCCCUCUUACCUGACAGGACUGUAGGAUCAGCUCCGCGUGACGAUAUAGAAUCUCUUGGCUAUACGCUCCUCAGUCUUGCUCGGGGAGACCUUCCGUGGACAUACAACACUCGACAUGGAACAAGCAAGAAUCAGGAAGUUCAAGUCCGGAUCAAAAAGCAGCAAUUUAGCGGUGCUGACAUGGCCCCCGAUGGACUUCCUUGCAUUGGUCAAAUGGUUGACUACGCACGCAGCUUGAAGUUUGAUCAACUACCAGACUACGAGCUGCUGCGCUUGCAAAUACAAGAAACCCGUGCACUGGCUGGCUUGCUGGAUCCUGCUACAAUCAACUGGAAUAUUCCGGCUGAGGCUUCGUCAGACUCUCCGUCGCUUCCCCGUAUAUGCGUGGACACCAUUCCCCUCUGCCCUGGACAAAUUGUAUGCUGCCAAAUCGAUGUUCGCACAACUAUUGAGGGCUACAGCGCUCGAGCGGGUGAUCCAUUGUUCUGGCGGGAUCCCAGUCUCUCCCCUGAAAAAUGGGACACAGCGGUCCGCCCUGCGGUUGUUCUCCGAGUUGGAAUAGACGAACGAAGCAAGCUCCAGAGUAUUGUAGUCGUCUGUAUCGGACAAGGAGUCCUCUCUUCCACUGACAUGAAUGUUGUUCCCAUCUCCUCCUCGCCUACUGAGGGCAGUUUGACGCCGAGUCCCGCUUGGCCGCUCUCUGACUCCUACUGCUACAUAUUUCCUCGGCUGAUGCGAUUUGUGUGCUACCCGGGCGAGGUCCAACCUGUUCCUUCUCACUGGACGAUCAGCAAAACCGACGUCGAUCUCCUCCUCCAGAAGUUUGGUAAUCACACCUUCGCACACACGUUACCGUACCUGGACCGAUAUAUUGCUUACCAACAUCCUUUUGUCAAGAUCACUGCAUUUGGCCCGGAUUUUUCUCGUGGUAAUGGGGAAGGCAUGCCCAUCGAAUGGGGAGGACGCAGAGCAUGGUACGACGAGUGGCAAACUGUCAAAAAGCGUCGCGAGGAACUUGACCUUGACCAGGGCUCGAGUGAUUAUAAACGCGCUCUGCCCGAAAGUUAUUUCGCCUCGGACCUUUCGCAAUGGGGGGGUUUACAGAUGGAACUGAGCUCAUCUGUGACGGCGGGUGUGGAUGACAGUGACGCUGGGUUGCCUCUGCUGCCCCUGAUCGUUGAUGUCGAGAUGUCUCGCGAUGUGCGUUUCAUGAGAGCUUUGUGA